GAGUUACCGUCGCGGUCUCCAUGGCACUCCUACGUUGUUGCCUAGCAACCCACAUAGGAACUGUUUAGUUGGGUGUUUUUAGUACCGCGGAGCACCUUAAGGAAUGCAUGUGCAAAAAUGACCGAGGUAGUAAGAACAUCGGCCUCUGCUGUCCAGAUCAUCAGGAGUUUGUGGAAUACCUACAAGGCACUGGAUGCUGCCGACUUCAACUCAGAGGAAGAUGAGGAGGAACUGGCAUCGAGGAGGCAAUUAUGUAUGAACCUGAAUGAGACUCUGGGGACCACGCAGCUGCUCCUCAACUUCCAAAGCGGUCGGCCCGUUUUGAUUCUAAGGCCACCGUUGGAUCUGGUUAACUUCCCUCACCCCCGAUGGCCAAUCGAAUGCGAAGUCAUCCGCGACGUCAUCCAUCACAUAGAGUGGGAACCGCCAGAUCCAGAGCCCUUCUAUGAGCCCUCGGGACAGGAGGAGGCCCCCAUUCCAGCUGGAGAGGGAGGGAAGGUUGUGUACUCCACUGACUCUGCCACAAAGAGUCUGUAUUUCACCUGCUCUGGUGUCGGGGGAAGCAGGGGGUCCAUCAGAAGUACCACAUCCCUUGCCAAAACCUCAGAUGCUACCCUUGAGUUUGAGUCGCGCUUUGAAAGUGGCAACCUUCAGAAGGCUGUCCAAGUGGGCGCCUAUGACUAUGAACUCACGCUGCGUACAGACUUGUACACCAAGAAGCACACUCAGUGGUUUUACUUCAGGGUGAGGAACAUGAAGGCUGGAGUGACGUACCGCUUCACCAUCACCAACCUGAUGAAGAGGAGCAGUCUGUAUUCCCAGGGCAUGAGGCCGCUCCUGUACUCAGAGAGGGCGGCUGAGAGGGACGGAGUUGGAUGGCAGCGAGCAGGGUCCAACAUCAGAUACUAUCGGAACUGCAGUCAGAAUACAAAGGAGAGCAACGAUGCUACAGAUACCAACCUGUAUUCGCUCACCUGGACUCUCCAGUUCCCCUAUGACUCAGACACAUGCUACCUGGCCCACUGCUACCCCUACACGUACUCCCGGCUGCAGCGCUACCUGAAGCAGAUAUCCUCCAAUCCAGCAGUGGCAUCGUACUGUAACGUGUUGAUCCUGUGCCAUAGCCUCGCAGGGAAUGCCGUGUAUGUUAUUACUGUAACAUCUGGAGGGACCAGCGGGGGGGAUGUGAGAAACAGGAAGGCCGUGGUGGUGACAGCGCGAGUCCAUCCAGGGGAAACCAACGGAUCCUGGAUGAUGGAGGGAUUUUUGGAUUUUCUGCUUGGAGACUCGGCUGACGCUCAAGUUCUGAGGGAUAACUUUGUCUUUAAGAUUGUGCCAAUGUUGAACCCGGAUGGUGUUGUGGUGGGAAACUACCGGUGCUCACUGGCUGGCAGGGACCUCAACAGAAACUAUAAAACGGUGCUCAAGGAUUCCUUUCCUUGUGUUUGGCACACCAGAAAUAUGGUGGAAAGACUCAUGGCUGAAACAGAGGUAGUUCUUUACUGUGAUUUCCACGGCCACAACCGCAAAAACAACGUGUUCAUGUAUGGAUGUAACAGCCGAGGCAAAGGCUCGAUCAAGCUUCAAGAAAGGGUCUUUCCACUAAUGAUGAGCAAGAAUGCAAGCAAUAAGUUCUCCUUCAAGAGCUGCAAGUUCCGGGUUCAGAAGAGCAAGGAGGGAACAGGACGUAUCGUCAUGUGGAGACUGGGCAUCAAAAACAGCUACACCAUGGAAGCCACCUUUGGGGGCUCCACGCUGGAUGACAGAAGAGGGACCCAUUUCACUACUGGAGACUUGAAGUCGAUGGGCUUUUACUUCUGUGACACCCUGCUGGACUUCUGUGACCCGGAUCAAACAAAGGUAGCAAACUGUUUAACAGAGGUGUCAGCAAUGUUGAGAAAGCAGAUCAGGAAGAAAAUGAGCAAGGACUUGGUCACCAACAAUAACUUCUCUAUGUCAGACCUGGAAACCAGCACAAGUGGCUCCAACAGUUCAGAUUCAGACGGACUUCCUGUUCAUUUACUGCACCAGCAAAGAAGUCCAGAGAAAACUCCUGUAAAGAAGAAAAAGAAAAAAUUACGAACUCGUAGAGAAAGAAACAGAUUCCAACCAGAACCAGUGAAGAGUAACACACAGGCAAAGGAAUCAGGACUUGGUCAUGAAAACAUAGAGGAAGAGAGACAUCAAGAGAAACCUGCUGGAGGACAAAGCAGGAAAUGGAAGCUGAAAGGCCUGAUGAGAAAAUCGGAAACCUCAUCUCCAGCCUCUCAUGCUGGAGAUGCCAGCCAGGUAACGCUGUGGCGAGGCUGCAAACCCAUCCAGGAGGAGAGUCAGGAAAAGAUGUGCCCCUCAUGCAUGCACAAGCUAAAGCAUCCGUGUCCGAGCACAGUCUACUCUGCGUCGCCUCCAUCAGAUGACGUGAUAGAGAGAAGACAGGUGAGAUACCACGCUCCCUUCCUCACUCUGAGCGUCCUUCCUCCUUGUCCUCUAAAUCUUAUGCAGCACAAGCGGUACUGGUAUCCGUCGUCGUUGUCUUCGCGUCGCGGCUUCAGUGGGUUCUCACCUUUUUUAAUGGCUCCACGCAGGUUUCCUCCGUCUGCGUUUGUCAGGAUGACUCCAGCCUUUGUUCCGACUGCACCCACUUCCAGAUCCAGCCGACGGCAAGUUUUCAGGAACAGGAAUCUACUGUGGGUCUCAAAUAAUCUCUCAUCCAAGGGUUUCUCCACAUCGGUAACAGACGUGACCAAAACCGCACAGAGGAGAGAACCAAAAGGAAAAAAAUAAUACAUUUUAGAGACGGAAAGGAUUCAUCUGAAGUUUAAUUGUUCUGAAGGACACUUUUUCUUUACUGUGGCGGCCAAAUAUUAGUGCUCCUGGUGGAGAUAAGUAAAAAUCUUCUAUUGGGCAGCACAGUCUCACAUUGAUUUUGAAUAAAUUCUUAAGGAAGGCAAACUCCCAUGUUAAGAAAUAAUUGUUUUUGAGAAAACACCAGCUGGCAAAAUAAUUACAACUUCUGAAUUGCUUUGAAACAAGAGUUACGGAAGUUAUAAGUUUUUAUGAGCUUUUAUUUGUUAACUUCAGUAUGCUGCGAUAUAAAUAUGCUCUGACAUGAUGACCCGUAUCUUUUACUGACUGCCAAACUGGAUGAGGACUGACGUUUAUCUUCCCACCUUGCAGUGAGCAGGAGGACCCACUGUUGAGUAUGGUGGAGGAUCUGAGAUGAUAUGAGUCUGUUUCUUUUCCAAAAGCCCUGGACCGUUUCUCUGGCUAUUUAAGCACCAGACCUAAAUCCUAUAGAAAACCUGUAGGCGGCGCUAAAGAACAUGAGAGAGGAUUCAGGACUCUGGAUGAUUGAGAGCUGUUGUGCAAGGAGGAAUGCUCAAAGAUCCCCCGCUCAGUGAGAUGUCAAAGAAGACAAAUUGUCCAGGGUUGCGAAUUAUUGUGCCUCAGUUAACUUAGGUAAAAACACUGGACAAAUAUUCCUAAUUUUUAAAGUUGGAUUGUUCUAAAUUUACAGCAGGAAUUUAUGCUAGUUUAAUACAUUUUAUUUUUCUUUUAAAUAUUUUUACUAGAAUUGUCAAUAAAUUUGUCUGGUACUGUUAUAGAUUGUUAUUCAUUUUUGUCAUUUUAAUAAAAACAAAUGUUUCUUACUUUGUAAAACAAAAUAUAAUUCUGUCACUUUUAGUUAAACUUUAUCUGUUUCACUAUAUUCUCAUUUUCAGUGGUAUCCUCGUUGACAAAACGUCUUUCGUGGACAAAACAAAAAAGCUCACACAACUUUGAUACCCCCUUGAGAAAAAGUCAGCCAUUCAACAAUUUAUUUGAGCCUGGGAGGCAAAGGGGAGAAAUGCUCCAUCUUUAACCCUUGUGAGCUCUCCAAUCUCUCUUUGAUCCCCUCAAUAAAAUACUUAAUUUGCAGCUGAUGUAGAAUUUAAUACCUCCCUACACAUCAUGGAUUUUGAAUGGAUGGAUAAUAAUGGAUAAAGAGAAACAGAUGAAUAGAAUGAUUAAUGAUAGACAGAUGGAUGAAGGCUAGAGGCAGGGCUAGAAAUGU